AUGGCCACCUCCGCAACCCUCUCCCUCGCCUCGGCACGCCUGACCUCCCCCGCAGCCCACCUCAAGCUGCGGCUGAUGUCGUGGAAUGAUGGCCAAGCCCUGCAGGCCAAGGCAGCCCUGGCGGCCACCUACUCCCGCACCUCCAGCUUCGAAAUCCCCGCCCUGCAAGCUGGCCUGGCCGCCCUGGCCUCCCCGCAAGACAUCUCUCUCUGGCCCUCCCUGUCUUCCGCCACCCCCGCCCCUGCCCGCGCACUUGCCGGCUGCUGGGCCACCCGCCAGCCCAGCAUCCUGCCUACUCCCGCUCCCACCACCACCACCAACACCGCCGCCUGCGGCUGCCAGGCAGACGCCGAGGACGUGUUGCCUCGCUACUUCAACACCACCCGAACCUGCGACGACACCGCCCCUGCUGCCGACAUGCACCAGGCGACGACCAGCGCAUACCUGCCCCCCGCCCGCCGCCUCGGCGCCUCACCCGCCUCCCUGGCCGGCCACGUCUAUCCCACCUGGAGCAUCGCCGACAUCUGCUGCCGCCACCAGGCGCCCGCUGUGGAGGCACCAGCUGCCUACGUGCCGCCGCAGCGCCGCACCCCGGCUGAGCAGGCAGUGGCUGCCACAGCUGGCCGCCCCGGCCGGCCCUGCACCUUCCCCGCGCUGACGGCGGGGCCGCUGCCCGAGAGGCCUGCACCCCUGCCUGCUGCUCCCAUGUACCUGAUGGCGCUGCAGGGGCUGCUGCCCCAGCCCUCCUGCCCUGCUCUCUCCACCCCUGCUGAGGAGCAGGAGGCUGCUGCCGAGCCCGCGGGCACCACCACUCCAGCUCCUGCCCCUGAGGCACCCGCCGCCCCUGCCACUGCUACCGCCAAGCACCAGCGCUGCUCCUGGCCUGCGCCCCGCCCGAUGGCGGCGGUUGUGAUGGCCCUCUGCGGCCAGCGCAAGCAGCAGCAGAAGCCCUGCCGCCAGGCGUGCCACACCCCUGGAAGGGCCGCGCAUGUGGCAGCGGGCGGCAGCGCAGGCCGCCGCCUGCAGCAGGCGACGCCAGCGGCGGAGGAGGUUGCCGCUCCGGAUGCCGUGGACGGCGCCCCCGCCGCCGAGGGCUCCUGCCAGGCAGCCCUCAACUACUCUUCUGUCUUCAUGCCGCCCUCGGCCCAGCUCCAGUUCAGGCUGUUUGUGAAUGGCACCCGCAACUACACUUGCUCCACCUUCACCCUCCAGUUUGGGCCCGCCAUGGCGCUGAGCAGGGCCACCGGAGACUUUGCCUGCGUGGGAUACUAUGCCUCUCCUUUUGUCGGCUACGUCGAUUGCUCCGACCCCGCCACCGGGCUGCCCGUGGGCAAGGUCACCCUGGACACCACAGUCCCGGGGGCAGUGUUUGUGGCGCCGUCGCCCGAUGCCGCCAGCGAGCCCUGGGGCAGGUUCAAGGUGACUACAGAUGGCGCCCUGCCGCCAGCCAACUACAUUGUGCGGUACAAUUCGACUGGCGGGGCAGCAGCGGGAGCAGCCCAGGUCGCCCGCAUGCACCGACGCGUGACGCGGCACAAAGUACCAUUCCUGCUGGCGCAGGAGGGCGAGAGUGCGGGGAGGGCGGCAGCGCAUGGCCGGCGUGAGCGGGAGCGGGAGGGCUGCGCAGUUUGCCAGCACCCAGCUGAGCGACAAACCAGCAAAGGGGAGCGAUCCACCUGCUUGCCAGCGGCUGAACAGUGCGUCCACGGCGGACAGUUCCUUGAACAGGCUGGAGUGGAGCUGAUGACCACCACGGUCGUUCGGAGGCCGGCAAUGGUCGCAGUGCUGUCCGCAGCUGCGGGCAGCGGGAUCGGGGAGCCGAUGCUGGCUCAGGUGCACCUGCCCCUGUCUGUGCUGGGCUGCAGCCAGACCACGGUGUGGGAUCUGGGGCAGCUGGGCGGCGGCGCCGCCGCCCCGCUCGCCGCCGGCGGCGGCCACAGCGCCAACCUCGCCGCUCCCGAGGCUGCAAGCGCUGGCAGCGGGGCUGAGGACUGCUGCUGGCAUGUGGUGGGCGGCCGCCGCGCCUUCCCUCUGCCGCCAGGCUACAGGGCCAGUUGCACCGCCUACGGCCAGCGCUGCACCCUCGCGAUCGAGCCAGGCGCCUGCGGCAGCUGCGGCGGCAGCAGCAGCGGUGGUGCCAGGGGCCGCUGCCCCUGCGCAGGCGCCCGCCCCCCGACGCGCUUUGUGCUGCGCACGGCGACGGGCGGCGUGUUUGCCGGGGCCACCCCCACCGCGCCCCUCGCCCAGCUGGCGCUCCACCUGGGCCAGCCUGCGGUGGUGAACGGCUUGGAGGCCUUUGGCCUGCUGGCCCCACCGGUGCAGCAGGCACUACGGGGCGCCGCCGUCGCCGCAGGGAUGCCGCUGGAUCAGCCUGUGGCACAGCAGGCGGCAUCGGCUCCCCAGCCCCACACCCGCUCGGAGUCUCCUCUGCCGGCGCCCGAGGCCGCAGCUGCAGCAGCGCUGAUCAGCCCAUUCGCAGCAGCGGCGGCAGCGAGCCGCAGCGGCAGCGGCAGCGAGGCGGCCGCCGCAGCCGGCGGCGAUGGAGGGCAGGGCGGCGCGGCGCGGCGGGCCCGGCGCCAGCGCCAGCGGCCGCAGCAGCACGAGGCUGGCAGCGAUGGCGGUUCAGGGGAUGGGGAGCAGGGAGGCAUGCCAGUGGUGGUGGCAGGCAGGAAGGUGCGGGAGGGCUGUGGGCUGCAGGCAGAUGAGGAGGAGAGGGUGGUAGCGGAGGUAGCGGAGCUGCUGAGCCGCGGCCCCGCCUCCUCCCGGCCCCAGGGCCAGCGCAAGGCCGGCGCAGCACCCAAUGGCGGCGGCCGCGGCUGGACCGCCUUCACCGCGUACGGGUGCCAGCACAGGGAGGAGGUGCGGGCCGCCCACCCGGGGCGCUCCGCGAGCGAGGUGGAGAAGCUGCUGGGACAGCGCUGGGCGGCGCUGCCGCAGGCGGAGCGCCAGCACUACCAGGCUGUGGCUGCCAGGGUGCGCACCGCGCACGGCGGCGGCGACGGCAGGGGCGGUGCAAGCGGGGGCCGCCUGGCGGGCGUGCACCGCUCACAGUCGGAGGGCGCCGCUGCAGCCACGCCGGCCACCAGCAAGCCCGAGGAACGGCCCCAGCGCGCCGCCCACCCCAGCCGCUAUUUCCAAGGCCUGUUCGACACCAGCCUCGACGAGGAGGGCGCCGGCACGCGCGACGGCGGCGGCGGCGGCAGGCUCGAGGCUGCGGGCCCGGAGCGUGCGGCGAGCCUCACCUCCCUCAAGCGAUCCAGGAGUCAGGGCGGCGCCAGCGGCGAGGUCGGCGCCUCCAAGCGCAAAGCAAGCCGGCCGCGCGCCUCGGCGCCCGCCGACGUGCCGCCCAGCGCGUAUGGCGCCGGCAUGCUGGGCCUGCUGGCCGGGAUGGAGGUGGGCGAGGCGCUUGCGGCAGAGCUGCUGGCGGCGCCCGUGACCUCCUCGUAG